AACUUGCAGACCCAUGAUGAGGGUCUUUGGACAUGGACUCCAGGUUGAUACUUUGAGCUGAUCUCAAGGACCUUGAAUACAGUUAGAUCUUUUGACCAUAGCUCAAUGACCUGCUUCUAGAAUCAAUGACCAUGUAGGUCCUUGAACCUGGACUCAAGGACCUUAUAUCCUGGUAAAUCAUUGGACCUGGACUCCAGGUAGGUCCUUGGAGCUGGAAUCAAGAACUUGGAAUUCAGGCACGACCUUGGACCUGAACCCGAACUGAAGGACCUGGUAUUCCAAUUAGGGCCUUGGACCCGGAAUCAAGCACCUGGAAUUCCAAGUUGAAUAAUUGCCACCAGUCCCUCCCAGUCAAACUGGAUUGGACUUCUAUCGGUGUCAAUGGCAGUGAAUAAGUGAACUAAAAUUGGUCCUCGAGAACAACAACCUAGCACCCCUACUGAGUCCGAUCCUCAUCUCAGCAGGGACAAAGAGUGCACAUCCAGGGCCGGCUUAUUCGCGGUGUUUAUCGGCAAGGCUCAGCUGACCAAAUUAAGCAACCCGCAUGCGAGUGGACCGUCGGCAACUAAGAGGAUUAGACGCCAAUUGCGUCGCCAGGGACGCAUAGCAACAGGUCAGCGUGCGUGACAUUGACGGAGAGAAGUGGUCGCCGCUGAAGACUGGGGGGGGAAAAAGGAAGCGGUGGCUUGUUAUGACCUCUUUUUGGUUUGGUUUCCUUCGAGAGAUCCAGAGGCAAAGGUUAGUGGUCGACUCAGGUCUUAGAAGUCUAAUGUUUGCUUGCGUUGGAGGGAAACAGGCAAGCGUUUCUGUUGGAUCUCCACCAUGUGAGGAGAACAUGCGACCUCAUCAUGGCUUGCACGUUGUGGAGUGUCUUUACAUGGACUUUCAAAGGGAUACUGUGCACCUGCAGGUUCCUUUGGAUUUGCCCAUACAAUGCAGUUCAGUUCCUACCAAGGGAAAAACGCAUCGCAGAAAAAAGCUCUGCUCCAAAACAACCCACAAGUUGCGAAAGUAAGAUGGCUGCUGCUGCAAUACCGGGCUGCCCUGACCGGACAGCGGCCCUCCAAAAGAGGCUGAGCAAAACCGAACAGGACAUCCUGUCAUUGAGGACUAGGAUCGCCUGCGAGAGAGCAUCAUGGGAAAAGAAGUUUGCAGAAUUGCAAAGAAAACAGGAGACACUUCGCAAUCAGGUCAUCCUCGAGACCGGAUCACUGAUGAGAUCUGGACAAAAAGUCGACAACGGCGAUGUAUUUGGCGAGUGCUCAAGCACAGUGUUGAGUGAAAGCCGGCAUCACGACAAAGGGUCAGACGUUUCAUCUCGAGGAAGCGUAUUUUGCCCAUCACCAGCACCGAGCUCCACGUCAGCUUCUUCCUCUUCAGCAUCCAGCGUGCGAUCAGGACGCUCUUUGGGCCCACACCGUGUUUUUGUACCCCACUCCCCCAUGGACCUGCAACUGGGUCACCGGGUCCGAAUCAUGCUGCCUUCCGGGCGGAUCAGCACAGGCGCCGUCCGUUUCCUGGGCCACCUGCAGGGGGAGUCAGAGCUCCAUAUUGGAGUGGAGCUCCAGACACCUGAUCACGGCGUGCGGGACGGACACCACAAGGGAAUCUUCUACUUUGACUGCAAACCCGGCCACGGUGCCUUUGUACCGUUCCACAAACUACUGAUGGCCUGGGAAUGACACUGAUCACCCGUUUCAAACUAGAGGCCCGGGGGCUAGAUCCGGCCCGCCACAUCAUUUUGUGUGUCCCGCUCAAGUAAAUUACGCGCACUUCACACGCAGAAAUUAAGGGGGGGGGGGGCAGCCCCUCCUGGUGGCCUAAAAUGUCAUUCCAUAUGAUUGACUUUCCAAUAUAUGAAGUUAAAAUUAAGACUUUGCUGGUAAAAUGUUGUCCGUAAAAAAGUUUUAAAGCAAUAAAAAAAAUAAAAAUAAAAAAAUUAAUAAAAUGAACAAAAAAAAAUGUUAUAAUGGGUCAUAAUUAUUUUUCAAACAGAUCAUGUGACUAGCACCUUAAGUCAUUCACUCCCAGCCAUUUUCUCCGGAGCAACCCCCUUCGCUCCCGGCUGUUUUACUAGUUUUUGACUGAUUUUGCAAGGCCCACAGAAAAUUCUGUUCUAUUGCUAUAUAAAUAUGGAACCCACCAAAAGAAAGAUUAGACUCUCUUCUUUCAGCAGGAAAAAAAAUAGUUCAUACCUUUUUCCAUUCUUUAGAAAUCAGCGUUAGUAAAUAGCUUAGUUUGAGCAAUUUUCCAAUUUCUGAAGAAAAAACAGAAAUUGAGCUUGUUGUAAAACCAUACAUUUCAAACAUAACUGACUUCAACAAAGCCAUUUUUCUCUUUUGUGACAUCCCAAACAUCUGAAUAAUGUUUUCGUUCUACAAAAUAACAUAAACAACAAGACAAAUAGAGCUUUUGAUAGCAAAAUAACAAUUUAUUUACACAUAACUAAACUACUGAACUAUUAGCGCACAUAACAAUUUACUUGAACAUAACAUCCAGGGAAAGCUCUCGGCUGCUCCCCGUUGAAUGAGGUAGCUCCCAGUAAUCUGAUGAGUCCAGAUCAAGAUCGGUCUCAAUUUUUUCAUCAUCUUCAUCGUUGGUUUCAACCUCUGGCUCAGGAGUAAUGCAACGUGAGCGCCGCAGAACGCGUGUGGAGUCGCUGUUGUGGCCGUCUCAGCAGACGGGGUAAACUUCUCUCUCAUCACCAUCCGUCUCAUCAAGAUCAAUUUUUUUUAAUCCUUCGUUGACGAUGGUUUCGUUUUCUUUUCAACACUCCUCCAGUGUUGCUUGGCCCCCCCCCCCCCCCCCCAUCGUUCUCCACAUUUUUCUCACGCGUCUUCACAAGAUCCCUCCAACUUUCGUUUCCUGACUUUUUCUUCACUUCCUUUCUUGGCCUGAGAUGAGUUCUUGCCAAAUGCGCUAUUGCCCUCUAGUGGCCAGUUUUAUUGCUUUAAAAUUGGUUUUGAGCAUUGUUCAUUGCAGUUUAGUUGCAUCAGAACCUAGAGAUGCCUCUUGGAAAAAAAAAAACGUAAAAGAUGUAUGAAUACGUUUUUGGGACACUGAAACAAUAAAAAAUAGAAGAUAUUUAUACGUUUUUGGGAGCAAAUGAGUUGAGGAGGGUCAUUUGCUUUGCUUAACCCCCCAAAAAACAAAAAACACCUGAGGACAGAAGAGGGAAGAUGGAUAGACUGUACAUAAUGUUUUCAAACCUAAACUUUCAACAGCUACAGAGCGAGAACCAAGGAUUGAAGAUGUGGACUAUGAAAUGCCGGAGAGCACCACCAAAAUGGUGAACGGAGUUUCAGUUUGCGCCACUAAAGACGUUAACCGUCUAUAUAUAUUUGGGCUGCCGAAGUUAUCACAUUUGCAGCCACCACUGACAGUCAUUGAUGCCCAACUUCCCAUCAUGCAUUUGGGCGGAGAAGGAGACGUUCUUUAUCGUAACAUGCCUUGUUAAACACAACGCAGAACAUACUGUAUACCAUUUGCAGCCACUACUGACAUUCAUGGUUGCCCAACUUCCCAUCAUGCAUUUGGGCGGCACAGUUUAGUCACUACAGUAUCAUUUAGUGAAAGCACAACAAAAAUAUUCCUAUCGCUCAAAAAAAAAAAAAUGUUCACAAUAAGAAAAGGGCUCAAUGGAAAGAGAACUGGCAUUCCCAAUCAAAUAGCUAGACGGUUUGAAUUGCGGUUAAUUACGAUUAAUUAAUUUUCAAGCUGUGAUUAACUCAAUUAAAAAUUCUAAUCGUUUGACAGCCCUGAUAUAUAUAUAUAUAUAUAUAUAUAUAUUUUUUUUUAAAUUAUACUUUUGGGAAAAAAUGUGAAAAAACGUCUUUUAUGUAUCUGUUUUCAAUGAUAAAUCUGAACAAAUAUAUUGAACAGAAAAAAAAUAUAUAUAUAUUUUUUUGCUUGUGCGCGAUUUCACCUAUCGUGGCGGGUUCUGGCCCCCAUUAACCGCGAAAAACGAGGGAUUACUGUAAUUUAUCGACAAACAGUUGUCAAUUUGUUUGACAUUAGUUGUCAAUUACUCGAUCAAUUGCGGCAGCUCUCCUUGGCAGACAUAAUGACCGUACGAAGGAAACUAUCCCUACACCAAACUCCCAACUGACACAAGCGUCCAAGGAGUUGAGCAUGACAAAAUAAAAAACUUAAAUUCAGAGAUAUAAAAAGCUGAUUUGUGUAAGGAAUUUACCACGUUGAAAGUACACUAUGUGUCCAAAAGCCACAUGAUAAUAUCUUAAUUCGCUAUCUCAAAAACCGGUUGAGCAUAAAAAGAGACAAAAAUAAAAGUUACAAAGGUGGAUGUGUGGUUAACUCAUUCACUCCGGUUGAACUUGGAGGGUUGAAAGCUAUUUUUCGCUGCCGUCAGUGGCAGCCAAUGAUUAGUGUUGCCAUCAAGUUAAACAGUUAAGUAAGACCUUGCAAUUACUUUAUGAAACAAUGAAGUUGACACACAUACAUACACUUUUCAUACUGUACAUAGUUCACAUUUACUCUCUCCUCUGAGGUGUUGGCUAUGCAAUUAAAUCGGUUGCCCUAAUGCAUAGCUUGCAUAUUGGGGGAAAACACAGACAAGGCUGAAAAAGAAGUUACUGCUCUUGCACCCCUUUAAAAUAAACUGCUGAAUUUUGCAAGGGGUGUACACACUUUUGUGAUACACUAUCGUCAAACGUGACGUCACGAACAUGAAUAAUUAACUAAACAUUAUUUAGGCUCCUACAUUUGCCUUUGCAUUGCUGGAUCAUAUCAUAAAAUGCUUCAAGCCACAAUACGCUGUAUCAAUUAUGAGGAUUCUUAGAGCGUUUAUUUGACGUUUUAUGUGUUCUUACAAUUGCACAAUGAAACAUUCUAGACGGUCUGUUCAUAUUUAGAGGAACAUUGCAUUUUGAGCUCUUUGGUUGAGAAUCUCGGCUGCCAGUUUCUCAGCGCUCAUCACAUGAGGGUACAUGUCCAUCACUGCAUCCACCUUUUGAGGACCAAAAAUGGCUUGCAGGUUCUUGCGCACUUCCUGUCUUUGGGAGUCAAACUGCUGGUAGCCCCGCUGCUCCGAGCUGGAGCAACUAUAGGAAGAUUGAACCGGGCCCGGGAAUGGGUGACAUCUUCGUACAUGGUGCGAUCCGUGAAAAGGAUCCGACCAGUAAUUUUGCGAACAUUGAGGAGCUGCGUUAAAUGGACUUGGUACACUGCGGUUCUGCGCUGAAAGCAGCGAUGAACCUGCAGAGUCGAGGCUUCCGGCGCAACCACAGCAUUGUCUGGGUCCAGCACAAACAUCAGAGUAACGACUUUCAUAAGAGCCAAGACCCGAAUCCAAGUACUCAUGAGGGUUGGUGGAGUGGUAAUGCGUCGACCCAGAACACUUGGGAGGCACGGGAUUAUGAUCUUCCCAGUACAAGACUUUGUUUUGACUAACUUGAGAGGGAUGUGAAGACCACCGAUGGUCUAACAUUUCCAGCUCCUGAGGGCGUAGAGGGGGCAUGGACUGAGACGGUGGGUGUGACAAGCGUAUGUUCUCUUUUAUGGGUGAAAUCUGGGCUUUUUCUCUCAGUUCGUCAGCUACAGACAGGUAGGACUGGUUGGCUCGCUCAGGGUGGUAGAACUUGCAUUUCAUGCCGUAAGUGCACCUUUUGUCUGAGGGGGAGAAAAAAAAAAACACCAAAGUUGAAAACUCGAGGCUGCGGUUCAAACUGCAGGUACAGUGGGCAAAUACGUAUUUAGUCCACCAUUAAUUGUGCAAGUUCUCCCACUUGAAAAUAUUAGAGAGGCCUGUAAUUGUCAACAUGGGUAAACCUCAACCAUGAGAGACAGAAUGUGGAAAAAAAAACAGAAAAUCACAUUGUUUGAUUUUGAAAGAAUUUAUUUGCAAAUCAUGGUGGAAAAUAAGUAUUUUGGUCACUGUUGGGUCUAAAACUUGUUCUUUAACUUAGUUAUUUACCCAAGGCAAGCUGAAAAAAGGCAGGGCAUAAAGUGAGACAGAGUCAGAGAGUUGCCGUUUUUCAACCUGCAGGUUGGGAGAGUUCCGCGAUCAAUGCUGUCUCAUCGAAGUCUCUCUCCGAACUCCCCCGCGCUGCUAACUUUUAUUGAGGGCUUGUUGAUGGGCGGAAUACAGUUACAACACUGUUGUACAACGUGGCAGUAUUCUAGUCAUUGAUUGAACAGUACUACUUGAUUAAAUGAACAGUCACACUCCUGAACAGGCAAGAUAUCUUUGUUUUGAACACACAUUUGCACUCAAAGUACUGUAGCUUGGUGGAAAAGUACUGAGACGUUGUGUGAUGAAUCAACAUAUAAGUGUGUACUUAUCAGCAGAAUGUGAGCAAUCACAGGUAAGCACAUUAUUAUGGGCUAAAACUGUAUUCUUCAUAAUAGCUUGGGAGUGCACGUAUAAUAGCUGUGGGAGAGCAAACUGUCAUAAUAUAUUUGGCAUUCAAUUUAUCUUACAGUCACCUAGAAACAAGCAAGAUUUCUGGCUGUCAAAGAGGUCUAACUUCUUCUAAUGAGGCUCCACUCGUUACCUGUAUUAAUAGUAGAGGCAUGCGAAAUUUCCGAUUCUUAGAUUAUUCGCGAUUCCGCCGUGGAAGAUUCGAGAACGAUUCACAAAUAUCCAAAUUCCGAUUAUUGAAUUGUACCAGGUAAAGCGAAAGUAAAACACAGUCAGAGCGAGACGCAAUGAGGAACGGACCGAGAGUAAAUAUCAUGUUCAACUCAUGCCGCUAGAUAAAAAAAACAAUAAUCCCAGUUGCUAGUUGCUACAAACAUACGGCUACAGUAGAUAUCAAAUAUAUGUAGAACUAGAUGCAAAAUGACAGACGACGUCAGUGUUAGAACAUCAGGGGUCGCGUUAACCGAAUAUUUUCCGUCGUUGACCGGUUUUUUAAAACGGUGACGGAAAAAACUGAAGACCAUCCGUCAUUUUGACAGGUUGCAAUUCACACCCCAGACCACGGGGUGGCUGGUGAGCAUAUUAAUUAGCUAUUGUCUCUCUUGAUGCAUGACGUCGUUGGCCUUACUCGGAAAAAUGUCAAGGCAACUGAGUGUUUGCCUGGCAUGGCCAGACUGUUCUCCCUGUAUUUUUCAAACACUGAGAGAAAAGUCUGGGACACAGCCUCUCGAGUAGGUACAAAAUCAAUCGACAAAUCAGAUUUGUUUAUUUGCGUGAUGUGUUCUUUACGAUCAACGUCACUCUUGCGCGCCGAAAGUCGUCUCUACAACAACACGGAUGGCGAACGGGAGAGCCGAGAAUAUAUUCCAAUCCGCGGUAAAUUCAGUUUUAAAUGAGCUAAAACACAUUGACAACAGUCUGUCUCGCGCUAGCCAUGUUGAAUAAACUCCGUUCUCCUCGUAUGUUUACUUCCGCGCGCAAGUCCCUCGUCCUGCCCUCGUCGCUUUGCUAACAGCACGCUGAUUGGUGCACUCCGCUGUCUGCCUCUUGUUAAGCUUGUUCGACAGAAUAUUAAUUAAAAAUGAAUGAAAACUAAAUACAAUUGAAUAUGUCUUUAUUAUCAUUUUAAAAAUGUAAGUGACGGGUAAAAAUAGAUUAUGACCAGAUUUUUAUGACACUGUAAGUCAAAAUGACAGACAACGAAAAAGUCUAGCGCAACCUCUGGAACAUGUAUUAUUGAACAAAGAUGCGAAAUGACACUUUCCGGCGUAAGUAAACAGCCGCCAUCCUAAAGCAGUAGACCUCUCUCGAAGACUGUUGUAGCGGACCUAAUUUACUAUUUAUCUAAAAUACUCCUAAAUCGGCAGAAUCUUGUCUUGAAUCUAUCUUUAAAUUAUGAAAUAGUGUUAAAACUUUGACAAAAGUAGACAGAAGAGAAAUUAUGGAAUAACAGGAGCAAUUUUAACAACUGUAACAGUUGAUUCACAACAUUAAGUUAAUUCAGUGCUUCUCAAUUAUUUUCUGAUACGCCCCCUCAAGGAAGACGUAAAUGUUUCACGCCCCCCCAAACUCUGCCGCCACUGUAAAUAAUAUCAUUUGUCUAUAAUAUUACUAUUAUAAGUCCGCCUCUGCCUCACAUUGCAUCUUUUUUUUCUAUUAAGAGAAAAUAACAGAUCAACUUAUAAAGUAUAAUUUUAUUAACAUUUUUUGGUUUGUAACAGAAAAGACAACGCAUCAUUUUGCUUGAAUUAAAAAAAAAAAAAAGUCACAUCGAAACUGCAAAAAAAGCGCAUUCUCGGCGGCCAAGGGAGAACCGUUGGUGAGGGCGGUCGUCGUGACGAUCCCAAGCCGAAAAUGGCACUUCUCGGGCGGACACGUGAGAACCGGAGAAGACAGUGGGUCGCUGCGUGAGUCCGGCCCGAAAACGGCUUUCGAAAACGGCGCACAGCUCUCCAGCUCCUUAUGAGUCUCUUCCGUGUGCUCUUGCUUACUUAAAAAAAUACUGCGCGCACUUUGAAAAUGAGAGCGCCACUGCCACCCACUGAGUGGAUGUGCAAGUACACUUUAUUCUAGUACGGCAAAAAAAAAACAAAAAAAAAAAAACAUGCUCCCCGAGGUCACACGCGCCACCCCUGGCAUCGGUCUGCGCCCCCCUGGGGGGGCGCGCCCCACUAUUUGAGAAGUACUGAGUUAAUUGAAUGUAGUUAAAAGCUGCUGAUACUGAAUGGGGACUGGAGUUUUAUUUUUACUGUUAUUUUUGUAUAUUUGUUUACUGUUAUAUGUUAACUUCAUACUGAAAUAGUAGUUUGGUUUAGCCUGAGAGGAUUUUUGAACAAUUUUGGAACUAAUGUACAAAACAUAAAACAUAAAAAAAAAAUUUAAAAAAAGGAGGGGGGUGCAUCAAUAAUUGUUUUAUAAUCGAAUCGAAGCCUCUGAAUCAUAAUCGUAAUCAAAUCGUUAGGUGCCCAAAGAUUCCCAGCUCUAAUUACUAGCACCUGUUUUAACUCAUUAUCGGUAUAAAAGACACCUGUACACAACCUCAAUCAGGACUUUUUUCUUUCUUUCAGAAAGAAAGCUGACCAAUACGCGGGGUCUGAAAGGCAAAUUGUUGUUGGAUUAUCUUUAAAUACCCGCUACUUUUUGAGCAGAAUUCUAGCUUUGUAUAGACCCUACUCACAUGAUGUCACAACCACGCCUCCGCGCCAUAUUGUCCGUCAACUCGUCGUGUUUACGCAUUACCGCUACGUAAAUUCCUCCUAUUAUGGCGUGUUUUUCUGCUCGUUAACAUUAAUAAUCAAAAUGGUGAAGGCGUGUGUGGCGGUUGGUUGCAGUAACAGGGAAGAUAGACGGAGAGACUUGAAGUUCUACCGUAUUCCGAGAGACCCGGAGAGGAGAGCGAGAUGGACGGCUGCAAUUGAGGAGAAAACUGGGCACCAAACAAUCACCACAGAUUAUGUAGUAGUCAUUUUAUAUCUGGUAAGAUGCAUUUAAUAUAUAUUUAGAGGGUUUUGGGCUGACAACCACAAUUAAGAUCAUUGCGAGGCUAAUCGCCGACAACAUACAGUUUCAAAUUCAAGAUGCUUAUUUCUUCCACCAUCAUUAUUUUUUGAAUAAUAUUUAUCUGGUACCAAGUGAAAGAAGCCGGCCUCGUUUACGGAUCAUCAGUUAAACAGGUGUGUCCAAACUAGUGAUGGGUCCGUGAAACCUCAUGAAGCGUGUCGACACAGUGACACAUUGUGUUGACACAGUGUGGAUACUGUAUCAUUGAAAACUGACACCUGCUGGACAUAAAAAAACCCUACAGGCAACCCACUUGACAGACUGACACUGAAUUGAUGACAUAGCAUGUAAAAUCAAAUCAUUUAAGUCUUUGCAUUCAUAUUGCAUUAGUCCAUAUCUUUACAUCAUGUGAACAUAUAAUGUGAAAAUGUAAGUAAUAAUGAAUGGGUGAAUAAGGAAUGCCUGUGGACUUUUUUUUUCUGAUAAAAUUUUAUUCAAAAACCGUUUUGUUUUUUUGUUUUUAAAUUUAGUUGUUGUUGUUUUUUUUUUUUUUUUAACAAGCCUGCUGUGGACAACACACUCGCAUGGAACCAACAAUGCCGGCAUGCACAAGAAUUUCCAGUUGAAAGAGGUUUGGAUAAGAUAUCCAUUGGCUCCUCCAGUAUCGAAGAAAAUCGGCAUUGCGUGCCAUGUUCGGCUCAGCCGUGCAUCGUUGCACUUUUGCAAUUUCAUCUACAGUUGCAUUUCCUCCUUGACUCCCCACUUUGUCAUCUAAGUGCUACCAUAGCCCGUCAGAAAGAAAUUGAAGUGGACAAAAAAAUAAAUUAUAGCUUAAUUACAGAUUUCUAAUAAAUUACCAAAAAAGUGACUGUGUGAAAAUAAAAGGAAUGGUUCUAUACCUGUGUUUAUUUGGGGAUUAUCAGAAACUUCAUUCUCAUGCUUGGCCAGUAAUGCUUCAGCAAUGAGGCGGUGGCAACUGUUUUUAUAUGACAGGUUAGUCAUAUACAAAGUACAAAUGCGACAUUUCACCUGCAAAAAAAUAACUUUUGAUAGUAAAAUCAAAACUUUGGGGAUCGCGUAAGGACCCGAUAAUUGCAAUCUGACCAGGAUUCGAAUCCACGCGCACGAAGUGUUGGGACGAGAGGCGUUUGCUCUGACCACUAUGCUAGCGGAUCAAACAUUGGUGCGUAGUUUAAAGACAAGGGACGGCAAUCGACGGACCCGCGUGCACCCGUCACACUAAUAAACUAAGCUUUACCUUAAAAUUAAUUGUAUUUUGAAUGAAUGAUGACAAGUGCGUUUUCCCUGUCUUACGUCCAUUUCCACAGCAGGUAGACAACGAGGAAGUAACCGUGAGAUGUGGACUGUUUCAGCAACUCCCUCGCGUUGACAGACGCGCUUCCUUUUGAACCAGUUUGCCGCGUCAUGACUGUGUCGACACAGUUCAAUGAGUUCAUGCAUCGGUCACGUGAUUUUCUUGUAGCGAUACGCGCACCGACGCAGGGGUUGCUCCGUGAGCUCGGCGCGCGCGCCGGCGCAUUAGUAUCACUGGACCCAUCACUAGUCCAAACCUUUUGCAAAGGGGGCCAGAUUUGGUGCGGUAAAAUUGCGGGGGGCUACCUCGGCUGAUUUACAUUGAACAAUAUAUUUAAACAAAUUUUAGCAAGCCCUUCUGUGUGUCACAUUUGCUUUAUUAUUAUUUUUAAAAAAUUCAUAAUUUCAUCAAUUUUGUCUUUGUGACGUUCUCUUUCGACACUCGGGCUCUUGCGAAAUACUGCUGCUGUGAAAUUAAACUAGCUUCAAGUUGCUGCGUAUAUCUUCCCUGUAAUGUUGUACAUGUUAGCUUGUCUUGUUUGUUAGUAUCGCGUCACAUCGAACUCUUUGAAAACAGCGACUGUCUCUUUGCAAAUGAGGCAGACACAGUUGUUGCGUAUUUUAUUGAAGAAAUAGUCCAUUAUCCACCUAUCCUUGAAGCGUCGGCCAUCGCAGUCAACUUUUUUUUUUUAUUGAUUGUCGCCAUUUUAGAAAAUUGGAAGUAAAGGGUCACACGAGGGUAAUGUUGCUUAUAGUGCUGCUGUUAAAGUUUUUCAAACUUCCCUGAGAAUACGCUGAGUUUCUGUGGACAAGAUAGUUGUAAAUAUCAGGGUAGCAGAUGUCAGGCAGAGACGGUGAAGACAGUGGGCCGAAAAAUAUCGAUUUAGGAAUCAAAUAUGGAUCUGGCGAAUGGAUUGACCGAAGCUUUUCCACAUAACGCCUUUUAUGCAACACAUCCAAUGAGUUUACAGCGUCUGAAAGCACCGGGGCUUCCAUGAAUUGCACUAUAAAUUGCACGACAAAUUGAAACCAUUGAGAAUAAACAAUGACGGAUAAU